CCUCCACAGAAACAGCACUUGCACACAUCCUCAAAGAGAAAGGCAAAGGAGAGAGAGGGGGAGAGGGAUGGCCGAGUCCUUGGAGGAGGCGAAAAUAUUCAGUGGAGAUAGAGAGGAGAGAGAGGAGGAGGACGUGGAGGCCUUGCCGACCGAGCAGACCGAGCUAAGUAAGCCCGUCUCGGCAGACAUAGAUACAGCAAAGGAGGAGGAGGAGGAGGAGGAGGAGAAAAUAUUCAGUGGAGAUGGAGAGGAGAGAGAGAAGGAGGACCUGGAGGCCGAGCCGACCGAGCCGACCGAGCUAAGUAAGCCCGUCUUGGCAGACAUAGAUAUAGCAGAGCUUCGCGAGGCUGCAUCUGCUCAUUACGAUGGCUUGACGGAUGACCAGAAGGAGGAGGCGACGAGACUCUUCAACAACAUGGACAAGAACGAGGACGGCGACAUAAGUAUCGACGAGUUCAAGACCUUCCUGAGCGUUGCCGGGCUCCAAGCUUUCAACCCUGAUAAUCUCUUCGCAAAGCUGGACAAGGACGGCAGCAAAAGUCUCAGUUUUGAGGAACUAAAAACCUUCUCCUACGUCCUCAGCCACGACGAGUAUAAACACCUAUUGAUAGACAAACCUAGUACUGAUGUACGCGGUCAAGAGGCGAGUAUUGCUCCUGGGACAGUGCGAGGAGCUAAUGACAAAGCGAGAAUCGCCCCUGGGACGGCACGAAGAGCUAAUGACAAAGUGAGUAUUGCCCCUGGGACAGUGCGAGGAGCUAAUGACAAAGUGAGUAUUGCCCCUGGGACAGUGCGAGGAGCUAAUGACAAAGCAAGGACCGCCCCUCGGACGGCGCAAGGAGCUAAUGACAAAGCAAGGACCGCCCCUGGGAUGGCGCAAGGAGCUAAUGACAAAGGGCAUAAAUGGACCAAAUUCUUGCCACGGCUGUACGACAAGUUUAAGGGCACGUACAAGCUUGAUGAGUUGGGGAGCGAGAACUCAUGCACCAUCCUUUAGGGGAGCUACGAGCACUGUCGCCCCGUUGAGGACAUGGAGUGCCACUUCCUUUCGAGGAAAAGAAGAAAGUUCCUGUGUUGUGUCAUCAGUGUACUGUGUGCUGUGUGCUGUGUGCUGUGUGCUAUGUGUUGGAAAUAAAGAAGCAUGGCGAGUUCUUGUUUUCUUGUUCUUUGUUGAAUUCCCAUCCAUGGUUCAUCUCAUAAUGUAAAUCCAUGAGUUCAUGUUGAGAAAUUUGAAUAAUGACAAAAAAGGAUUAACAAAUCGAAA